CUGAGAUAACAAUGUUUGAUAGCAAUGUUGUUGUCUAUAAGUUCAUCCAAGACCUGCACUUCUUUGUAACUGGAGGUGAUGAAGAAAAUGAACUAAUAUUGGCCACGGCUCUUCAAGGUUUCGUUGAUGCAGUUUCCCUUCUCCUCAGGAAUAAUGUUGAAAAAAUGGAAGCACUAGAGAACUUAGAUCUCAUUCUUUUAUGCCUUGACGAGAUCGUUGAUGGAGGGAUGAUCCUUGAAACAGAUGGCAGUAUUAUUGCCGGAAAGGUGGCGACCCAUAGCAUGGAUGAUGGUGCACCUUUGGCUGAGCAGACUAUAAGUCAAGCUUUGGCUACAGCACGUGAACAUUUGACUAGAUCCCUUCUCAGAUGAAGCUUCACAAUGAAUUUGCCUACCGUUAUUUGAUUAAUUUUUAUUCAAUUGGUAAGACAACGGCUUAAAUCACUUCCCUAUUUGUCUCGUUGAUGUUCUGUCAACGAGCAUCAGUGUCUUUGACUUGUUAUGAUUUCCUGGUUCUUCUUCCCAGUCAAUAACAAAUUUGUCGGGGUCUGAGACAUAGUUUUUUUUCUCUUGCA